AGUUGUGUUCUACUUGAAUACCAUGACUCAUGUUUAAUGCAAAAAAAAAAAAAAGCCCAGGAUUUUUCUUUCAAUUAUACAGGAGAUGACCAGAGACUGCUGCGACACAGUACAGGAGAUGACCAGAGACUGCGAACAGUACAGGAGAUGACCAGAGACUGCGGACAGUACAGGAGAUGACCAGAGACUGCGGACAGUACAGGAGAUGACCAGAGACUGCGGACAGUACAGGAGAUGACCAGAGACUGCGGACAGUACAGGGAUGACCAGAGACUGCGGACACAGUACAGGGAUGACCAGAGACUGCAGACACAGUACAGGAGAUGACCAGAGACUGCG